CUGUCUCAAGCCGCCUCGUGUGGCCAUUGCCUCGCGCUGUCAUCGUUUUUCUUCUCAUUCUCCAAGUGGGUUUCCUCCUCUGAAGGGAAGGCGAAUAGUUCGGCCCUGCCAACAUGGCCGCCACCAUGAAGAAAGCGGCUGCCGAAGAUGUCAACGUUACUUUUGAGGAUCAGCAGAAAAUUAACAAGUUUGCGAGAAAUACCAGCAGGAUCACGGAGCUGAAAGAAGAAAUAGAGGUGAAAAAGAAACAGCUUCAGAAUCUGGAAGAUGCCUGUGAUGACAUCAUGAUGCUUGACGAUGAUUCACUUUUCGUACCCUACCAAAUUGGAGAUGUCUUCAUUAGCCAUUCCCAAGAGGAGACACAAGAGAUGCUGGAGGAGGCAAAGAGAAGUUUACAAGAAGAAAUUGACACAUUAGAAUCCCGAGUGGAAUCAAUUCAAAGAGUGCUGUCUGACCUGAAAGUUCAGCUCUAUGCCAAGUUUGGAAAUAACAUAAAUCUCGAGGCUGAGGACAGUUAAAAGUUCUCUAAAACACGACGUGUCUUUUCCUUGUUUAUUAAUUGUUUGAUACUUAUCAAAAAAUUCCAAAAAAUGUUUAAAAAAAAGAAAAAGUGACCUAUUUUUUUCUUUUAUUUUUUCUACUUUCCUGUCUCGGGUUCCAUCUAUUUAAUGAGAGCUCUCAUAUUUUGGUUUUUGCAGUUAUUUAUUUGCUCAGGAAAGCAGUAGCUUCAUACUGUUGGUAAAGCACCAAGGUUGGCAUGUUUGCAUUGUUUGCUAAAGUAAUAAAGUCAGGCAUAUAUUAUA